AUAUACGUCAUCCGUGCGACGGAAGCAGUUCUUAAAAAAAAAAAAAAAAAAAAAAAAAAGACGAUUCUGGCUGAUUCAUUGUAGCCGGUUGGUUUUAUUCGACUGAGCCAGAAAAACUAACUCAUUUGAACACCUGAAAGAUCUGACAGCAGCUUUUUAACAGAUCUGAAUAUGGACCGACUGCUGAGGCUCGGAGGUGGAAUGCCAGGGCUUGGCCAGGGCCCUCCAACAGAUGCACCUGCUGUGGACACAGCAGAGCAGGUGUACAUCUCCUCUCUGGCCCUGCUCAAGAUGUUGAAGCACGGGCGCGCUGGUGUGCCAAUGGAGGUCAUGGGAUUGAUGCUGGGAGAAUUUGUUGAUGACUAUACAGUGCGAGUGAUUGAUGUGUUCGCCAUGCCACAGUCAGGAACAGGAGUGAGUGUUGAAGCAGUGGACCCUGUAUUCCAGGCCAAGAUGUUGGACAUGCUGAAGCAGACUGGCAGACCAGAGAUGGUUGUGGGGUGGUACCACAGUCACCCUGGUUUUGGCUGUUGGCUGUCUGGAGUGGACAUCAACACCCAGCAGAGUUUUGAGGCGCUAUCAGAGCGAGCUGUGGCCGUCGUGGUUGAUCCCAUUCAGAGCGUCAAAGGAAAGGUUGUUAUUGAUGCCUUCAGGUUGAUCAAUGCCAACAUGAUGGUGCUGGGUCAUGAACCGAGGCAAACCACAUCCAACCUUGGUCAUUUGAACAAGCCCUCAAUCCAGGCUCUGAUUCAUGGACUUAACAGGCACUACUACUCCAUCACCAUCAAUUACAGGAAAAAUGAGCUGGAGCAAAAGAUGCUGCUGAACUUGCAUAAGAAGAGCUGGAUGGAGGGUCUGACCCUGCAGGACUACAGCGAGCACUGCAAGCUCAAUGAGACCAUUGUGAAAGAAAUGCUGGAGCUGGCUAAGAACUACAAUAAGGCUGUUGAGGAAGAGGACAAAAUGACCCCCGAGCAGCUGGCAAUCAAGAAUGUUGGAAAACAGGAUCCCAAGAGACACUUGGAGGAGCACGUAGAUGUUUUAAUGACAUCCAACAUUGUUCAGUGCCUAGCUGCCAUGUUGGAUACUGUAGUUUUCCAGUGAUGGGCCUGUGUGUAUAACUGUUAAUAUUACAGCCAUUGUUUCCUUUUAUAUAAAAUAAAUGUAUGUAUGAAAUGAACAAA